AGACGGCUGCAGCGGAGGCGGCUGUGAGCGCUGCUGCUGCUGCUGCUGCUGCUGGGGGCGAGUAGCUCUUCGCAUCUUCAUCUCCUCGGCUUCCUGGAAUCGCGGCUGCCUCCGCUGCCGAGACCGAAGUCACUGUAUAUAUGCCUUGUUUCCUGGGUCCACGGGAAGCAUGAGCCUGUUGGGACUUGGGACAAGAAGAAAACAAGACAUCUUCACAAGGAAAACCAGACACUAACAAAAAGUAUCCCAAAGUCUGAAGAGAUAAAACUCAAACAUGACCGACAGAGGACUUAGGGAUCCUCCAGAGGACCCUCAAAAGGAUUUGGAAAGUGAUCCAUCAAUAAAUUGUCAGGCACAGGAGACUACAGUCACAGCAAGUACCACUGAAGAAGCUCAGACCCCAAACCCUGCCUCUGGUCUUAACAAAGACCACCAAGAGGUAGAAUCAGUUGGUCCAGGAAGUACAGAUACAGAUGAUCAAUCAGAAGGUCCAGGAAGUACAAAUACAGAUGAUCAAUCAGAAGGUCCAGGAAGUACAAAUACAGAUGAUCAGUCAGAAUGUCCAGGAAGUACAAAUACAGAUGAUCAAUCAGAAUGUCCAGGAAGUACAAAUACAGAUGAUCAAUCAGAAUGUCCAGGAAGUACAAAUACAGAUGAUCAAUCAGAAUGUCCAGGAAGUACAAAUACAGAUGAUCAAUCAGAAAUUCCAGAUGAAACAGAUUAUAGGAAAUAUCCAAAGGAUACAGAAGGUGAGAACAGCCACAGUUUCCAGGGUGGUGAACAAGGGCAUCAACUCCCUUCAGAAAGUCUCGGUGAAGACCUCUUGGAUCCAGAACCCAACUGUUCUCCAAGUGACAAGGUGGGAAGAACAGACGCACACUUAGUGAGCAGCUCUGCAGCCCUCCCUGAGCAUGUGAGCGACAGACCCGGAGCUUUGCAGGAGCCACCUGUCCUUGACCCUCAGGAUGCCCAGAGUCCUGAGCAUUCCAGUACAGGGCUGGAGAGCCAGGACAUGCUGAGGAAGCGGCUGCUGGCACCAGAGGUUGAGAGACAUCAACAAGAAACACAAAAAUUGGAAGGAAACGAAGAGAAUGCACAGGAUACCAUAAGAAGGAUUAAUAAAAAGGAUUUUCUGAGCUAUGGCUCCAUCUUUCUUGGCUCCCUGGUUCUGACUCUUGUUUUGCUAAGUUCUGUUAAUAGCUAUUAUUCCUCUCCGGCCCAGCAAGUGCCCAAAAAUCCAGCUUUGGAGGCCUUCUUGGUUCAUUUCAGCCAUUUGGAGGAUAAAUUUCCAGGCCAGAGUUCCUUUCUGUGGCAGAGAGGACGUAAGUUUCUCCAGAAGCACCUCAAUGCUUCACACCCCACUGAGCCAGCCACCAUCAUAUUUACAGCAGCUCGAGAGGGAAGAGAGACCCUGAAGUGCCUCAGCCACCACGUUGCGGAUGCCUACACGUCCGCCCAGAAAGUCUCUGCCAUUCAGAUUGAUGGAGCUGGAAAAACCUUUCAGGACAGUGAUGCGGUCAAGCAUUCAGUUGACGAGGAGCUGAGCUCUGGGUUUGAGAAGGGCCAGAAGGCUGCUGUGGUCCACCGCUUUGAAUCCCUUCCUGCAGGCUCCACCUUGAUCUUCUACAAGUACUGUGACCAUGAGAACGCUGCCUUUAAAGAUGUGGCCCUGGUCCUGACCAUCCUACUGGAGGAGGAAACAUUAGAAGCAAGUGUCGGCCCAAGGGAAACUGAAGAGAAAGUGCGAGAUUUACUUUGGGCGAGGUUUACCAACUCUAACACUCCCAGCUCCUUCAGCCACAUGGAUUCAGACAAGCUGAGUGGACUGUGGAGCCGUAUUUCCCACCUGGUGCUGCCCGUCCAGCCAGUGAGGAGCAUAGAGGAGCAGGGCUGCUUUCUAUAAGCUAAGCACAGAGUUGGUUAUGGUCAGCAUGGGUUUAUUAAAAAGGCAGUUUAAAAGCCUUCCAUUUAUAUGGAAGGAGGUUGACGAAUGUGAGGAAAUAAUAGCCUGGAAAGCACAAAUGAGCUUAUUUGAGAAAAGAAAUUUUCAUUUUUUAAUUUUUGUAAAAUCUUUCUAAUCUAAGCAUGACAAAGCUAAAAGUUGACCUGACUUUUUUUCCUUGCCUUUCAGGCAAAUCAGGUAUAUAUAACUGAGGAAUGUUCUUCAAUCCAAAAGUAGAGCAACAGAAUCAUUACAUGGGAAGAUAAUCUUCUCAGUAACUACAGAGUGAUUUUUGUUUUCUUGAGACUCUAAGGAGCCUUUUGGAUAGUAUUUGGACUCAGAUUAAAGCAAUUACAAUCAUAAAACAGUGAAAAAUUUUUUAAAAAUUUCUAUAUCACAUGUUAAAUAUUUUUAAAAUUCAUUUUAAUAACCUAGUUGUGGGAUUACAUCUUAUGCUUUUUUGCACUUUUUAAUAGUAUGAAAAAGGAAAUAAGAAUUCAGAUACUUAUUUACCUAAAUAGUAUAUGUAAGGCACUAUGUUUUUGUUCCGUUAAUGAGCUCUGAGGGAAAAGCAGCUGUGCUCAAGAAAUGUUCUUAAAAAUUGAAAACAAUGGGGGAAUUGUUUAUAAUCACUGCAAAUGAAGAAAUUCCAACUGGCUGUGUCUUUGCUUCAAUUUUCUUGAAUGAUUUAGAGCAGUGGUUUUCAGGCUGUCUACUGGCACCCCUCCCCUUUGUAUCAAAGAAGUUCUGCUUUUUCCCAUUUUAUAUAUUGGGCUCCUCCGUAAGAUUUAAUUGGAUUUAAUUGGCAUAAAGAGUUCCACUGAUAAUGAAGUUUGAAAAUCACUGAUUAAGUGAAAAAGCAUCUUGGAAGAUAGGAAAAAAAAUGAAAAUAUUAAAACUCAUGAGUAGGUAGAAAAUAAAAUACAGGUUUAUCAAGAGACAUGCUAUUUAUGAAGAAUAAAGACUUAACAGAUGAAUAGCAGAAUGUAUAAACUAGUAUUUACUAGCAUAUUUCUAUGCUUUUGUUAAUCUCUGUUAUCAUUUCUGUCUCCCCUGAAUGGAAUUUUAUAAUUGUCUACAAUGAGAGUUUGAGUGCUUUAAGCAGAACAGAUUUUAAUAACCAGUUGAAUCGUAGAUUUUUAUAUAGGUACAUUAGCAUAACUUUACCAUACUGUUUACUUAUUAUACAGUGAUGGAACAUUUAUCUAAUGCAGUUCAUUUCUUGACCAGCUAGUUAGAAGUAUGAUUAGGUUAACAAUUAGAAAAAUGCAAGAGAUGUUAUACUUAGUGAGAGGAAGUGGAAAUGGUAGAUAGAUUCUAAGAGGUUUUAACAGCUAGUAUUAAUUGUUGGACCAUGUUCUGUGAUCGUAAGAAAGCUUGAGAAAGAUGUUUAUGGAGACAGUGAUUGUUGAUUUGCAUCUCAACCCCGAAGGCAGAACUUUAGUAAAAUGAUCUUGACCUAAUGAAGGAUUUGUCCCAUUACAUGACAUACCUAGGAACUAUCACCAUGAACCUGGAAUAUUUCAGUUAGGUUUUGGCCUCUGAAGUCGUGUGACUAAAGUAUGGAAGGAUUUUCGGAAACAGUAAGAAGAUAUAGGGGUCUUUGUUGAUCCCUAAACAGAGAGCAUAAAGACAUGGGGGAAAGAAUCUAUUUGAAAGUGUUUGUCACAGGAGAAACAGAUCUGUUCUAACCAAGACCUGACAUUGUGCUCAAUUGAGCGUAAGGCCAUACCUAAAGGAACUGUUUUCAUUUGGGACUUUGUGAAGGACUUUCCCGCUAGAUUUGAGGAGAGACCUUCCUGAACAAAAAGUUAAAGCAUAGUGAAUAUAAUAUCAAUCCAAUUUAAAAUCAGCGGAAAUUGAAGAAAAAUCUAUAUGUCAUAUUCAAUAUUUUUUGAUAUUUCUAGAUCUCAGAUGCUAGCAUUACAUCACACAAAACCAUUGGUGCCUUGUAGAACUGGUGCCUGCCGACCUGUGCUACCUCAGAUUUAUAAAGAACCAGUAUGAAGUAUGCACAUCUAAUCUGUCAGUGACUCAGAUCACAGCUGAGACAAAGACUGUUUCAUCUUUCAGUUGAAUAUGGUUUUUCAUCAUUUCCUUUCAGUAUAAUUUAGAAAAUAUUUCCAAAUGUCACAAUUUUUAUUUUUACUGUUCAGCCUUUGUUAAAAAAACAUGUCUCCUUCCAUGUAUAAGUGCAAUCAACUGCAACUGUUGUCAGUUUUCUGUCCACUAUUUCAAAAAUCAUUUUUAAAAGAAGCAGUAUAUUAGCUCUGUGUCCUCAUGAAUAAAAUGAUUAUUCUUAAAGCAUAAAACUUUAUAUUUUUUAAAUGUACAAAUGAAAUCUAUUACCUAAUGUACGCUUAGGUUAAUUUCUAUUCAAUUGUACCUAUUUUUUACAUUUUUCAAGUUUCUAAAUUUUCUUUUGUGUGUCUAGUAGUUCAUCUUUCAUUACUAUAACAGUUUGCUUGUUUGACUUAGAACAAUGCCUUGUGGGCAUGUGACAUGAUAUAUGAUACCCAAACAUCACCAUUUAAUUAUUAUCAUAGAACAACUCUAAUUGUUAUAUAUUAAUAUAAAUCACUUCUUGAGUGAUACCAGAAUUCUAGAACCAACUGGUAGAAUUAUAAACUGUCUCUCGACUUGAGAUUUUUCCCCCUGUGGGGUAAAUUUUAGGUUUCCCAGUUAGUUCCCAAGGGUUGGCAGAGGAGUUCCAGGGGAUUCAUAUAACUAAAGGUAGCAAUGCUGUUGUUUCUACUUCUAAUUUUUAAAUCAAUAAAGUCAUUUAAAUAUAUUUCAUUUGAAAGCUGCCAAGCUUAUGUGGUAAGGUUCAGCAGGCCUGUGACCCACCAUCCUCCAGGUAAUGACACAGUUGAACAGUGUUAGCAGCUGAGGUGGUUUUGACCCUUUCACAGUUUUUGUUUGUUUUAUACAAGAAACAUAAGGAGCAUUGAUGAUAAAAUAUAACAAAUUCAGCAUGUAAAAGUGAUACUAAUUCAGCAAGAUGAUCUUCACCGGGACUAUGUUUGCAUACAUCUGACCAGUUUUUAUGCAGCAUAGUCAGGUGUCUAGUACUUACUUCAAAAACUAAUGUUAAGUAGAAGAUAUAAUCAUUAUAGCCGAUUAUCAUUUACUGGGAAUAAAGCUUAUAUCCAUACACAGUUUAUUUGUAGAGAAGUACUUUCAAAUAGGAACAUGAUACCUUUUUUCUUUUAUCAUCUGAAAAUAAAACAUAACAAUUAUAAAAAUAAACCAAGACAUCUUUGUAAAGCCCUCAAUAUGUCAUUUUAUAAAUGCAGUUUUUAAUCUGCUUUUCCUGUUGAAUGUAUGGUUAAAUAUUAAUCUUCAUUUUAAUAUUUUGUCCACCAAUCUGAGCAUAAUAUAUUUCAUUUUGAAAUUUGUUGAAAAGUUAUAGUGGUUCUGUUUUCUGUUGUUUUUGGUUUUUUCAAAAAUUAAAGUACCUUGAACACUCUAUCACUUGUUCGACGGGAAUGUUGAUGUUUGUCUUUAUAUAUGUAUUGUGAAUAUUAAUGAUUAUGAAUCACUAUCAUAAUCCAUAGAAAUAUGAUGAAAUGAUUAUUUUAAAAUAUUUCUAAGGGUAUCUAUGAGAUUAUGAAAUACUGAGGCUUAUGAGUCACGCGGGAAAUACUUGCUAUGAAUAACAAUAUAUUUGCAAAGAAGGUGUUACCAAUUCUAGAGAGAACUAAAUUAAGAUACCUGUGUAAAACAGUUUUUCCAGAUGACUUUAAAAUAUGCCUUAUUCCUAUUAUGUUAAGUUUUAGGUAUUAGGUUGUAAAGUAGCUGAUGAUGUGGGCCUAAAUUUGCCUCAUUCAGACUGAGACUGGGCUACUGAAACUCAUUUCCAACUAAUACACGGCCCUAUCAGUUCUGUAUAUGGCAGUGCUUCUCGACCUGUUUUUAAAAAUAUAUAUACAAACUAGUUAAGAGCACUAGCCUUAUCCAAAGGGCCUGAGAACACAACCAGUAUCCCCUAAUCUGUAAAUAAUUGGCAAAGAUAUAAAUAAUUCAGUUUUCAGUGCCUUUCCUUCCAGGAUUAUAUGCUGUGUUUAUUUCAACUUGUUUCGAUGUCUUUAAAACUCCAUAGGUUGGUUCCUAUACUGGGAAAUGAUCUCCCACUUUUCCUCAUUGAGGCUUCAUAAACUAAAUUUGCCCUUGGCUAAGAGCAGUUACCUGAACCAAAAAGAACAUUUUUAGACUUUGGAAGCACUGGGCUCAGUAGGUAGGGUAGAGCUGGCAAGAAGAUGUGAAGGCCCAUGGCAGUUCCAGCCUUCCUUCUCCCUGUGCCCACACUAGCCUCAGCCUUCUCAGCCCAAAUCUCCAGGCAGCUGCUUCUGGUUGAGCGGAUUACAGGAGAUUUAAAUCUGUUUGCCAUCCCUGUCAUAAAAGAAACAGCACAUUGACUUUCAAACAACUGCAAUUUGCUUUUUUUUUUUUUUUUUACCUAACAAAAAGAAACGGGCUUUGCCAGUAUUAAUGUCAAAAUUCUUGUCAUCCCCCUUCUUCCUUAGGUAACCAUGACUGUGUUUGCAUUUGUUUCUUAUAGCUGUUGAAGAAUGUGCCUUAUUCAAAUUAGUUGUGUGGUUUUACGAAAAAUAAAUCUCCUUAACUUUU